CGGCGACUGCGCUUUGACAGCGCGCUGAAAAUGCGCAACGAUCGUUUCACAGGAUCCUCUUCAUGCUUCGCACAUUCGAUUUGUUUGUUUGGGAUUUUCUGAUUUGAUCUUUUCCAAAUAUCUCAUCUGCAUUAUCUGUUGCUUUUUUAAUCGUUUUAUCGUAAUCUGGUGGGAUCUGAUUGUGGUUUGCCCCAUGUUGUGCACAGCGUUAAGUGUGCUGCGCAUGAACGUGUUCCGACAUGUUUGGCUCCGGAUCGGAUCGGACGGGCAGCAUCUCCAAGGGACUGUUCCGCUCCUAUUACAAUGCCUCGGCGGCCAGCAAUAAUCUGCUGACGAAGGGGGAGAAGAAGAACGGCCAGCAUGUCAGUUAUGGCCAGGGGGAGCCGGAGGAGCCCAGCGCCAGUCCCGAUGUGAAAAUCGAACCUCCGCGUUUAGCAGGCGAGUCGAUCUUGGCGCGUGCCCAGGGCGUGCAGGUGUUCCAGCCACUGUCGGCGGACAACCAGGGCGUCAUCGGGGAGCUGUACGUGACCAACUUCAAGAUCAGCUUCCAAACCAUCACCUUCCCCGACCACCGCUGGGACCACUUCCAGGCCAUCCAGGAUCGCGAUAAGCCGCCGUUGAAGGCCGCCGCCAAGCGCAGCAGCAGCGGCACGCCGGACUUUAGCACGCGCAGCGACUGGCUGCAGCUGUUGGACCGCGUGGACGCCGCUACCUGGCGCAUCACGCAGGCCAACGAGGACUUCCACCUCUGUCCCAGUUUACCCAAGUGCUUCGUCAUCCCCACCGCCCUGGGGGACGACGCCCAGCUGGAGCGGCUGUGCGGGCAGUUGGGCGUGGCCGACGAGCGGCGCCCCCUGGUGUGGUGCUGGAGCGCCCGCCACGGGGCGGCACUGUGCCGGAUGUCCAGCGACACCGACCGACACACGUUUGUGGAAGCGGUGAAGUUGGCGCAUCCCGAACGCAAAUCGCCGAUUGUCUAUGAUAUCGGCACACUGGCGCCUUCCCUCAAAGAGAUUAGAAAGCAUCACGAUGCGCUCAGGGAUUUGGUGCUCGUUGAAUCCUUCAGUGUGCUGGAAUCGGCGGACGAUAAAUGGUUCGUGGAUGUAGAAAAUACGCGCUGGUUGCACAGCGUCAGUCGCUGCUUGGAGCUGGCCUACACCGUGUGCGAUGCCUUACAGAAACAGACGUCGGCCAUCCUAAAAGAAAGUGGCGAUCGGGAUUUGAACUGCGUGAUCGCCGCGCUGGUCCAGCUGCUGAUGGAUCCGGAGCGGCGCACUAUUCCGGGCUUCCAGCGGCUGGUGGAAAAGGAGUUUGUCGCGCUCGGGCACCGCUUUCAGGAGCGCUUGGGCCUGGUGAAAACCGAACCCGACCGCGAGUCGCCGGUGUUCCUGCUCUUCCUGGACUGCGUCUUUCAACUAACCCACACCCACCCGGCGGCCUUCGCCUUCACCGACGCCUACCUCGUCACGCUGUACGACACAGCGCUCCUCGGCGUCUUCCGCAACUUCACCUUGAACUGCCAGCGCGAUGCCCUUGGCAAACCGACGGCCCCCGCCUUCACGGAGCUGCCGCGCGACUCCGCCUGGGACACGGCCGCCCUGCAGCCCCCGUCGGGGUCCCGGGCGGUCAACGGGCUGUACCGCGCGCAGAAUAUCGUCGCCGCGGUGCCCCUGGAGGCGCGGGUCAAGGGGCGGUUCGCCCCCGAGGAGGUGCUGGUGCCGGCGAUGGGCGUGGCCUAUUUGAAAGUGUGGCGGAGAUUAUAUUUGCGCUUCGUCCCGCCGCUGGCCGGGGGCGGCGGGGAGGGCGAGGCGGAGCGGGAGCAGCGGGUCAAGACGGUGUGUGAGGCGUUGGAGAGGGUGUGGAAGGAGAUACAGUUGGGCGAGGGACAGGCCGAGGAGGAGAAGACGCCGUCACGACGCGGGAGCAGCGCCAGCGUGGCCAAGUCACGGCCCCCGCCGGCGGACGCCCCGGCGACGGGCAGCAGCGACAGCCCGGUGGUGCGCCGGCACCGGCACGAUUCGGGCGCCUCGCUGCUGUCCAGCGCGUCCUUCUCCACGGCGGACGCGCGCCGCCGAUCUCAGCUGAUGCGCCCCAUCACCGGCGCGGCCGCCUCCGGGCCCGGCUCGCAUUCCAUCCUCACCUUCCAGAAGUGAGGCGGUCACGUUCCCUUUUAAUUGGAUUAGUUUUUGGUUUUUAAUCCUGGUCGGUUGGUAUUUUUUUGUUGCGGUUGUCUGUUGCAGCUGUGGAGUUUUUAAUUCGUUUUUGAUUUAAGCUUUUUAUCGUUAAUUACAGUGAGUGGUUUUAUCCCGAUGUGCUGUUCUGUGUGGGAGAAAAUCCAGCGUGACAAUUAAAAAAAAUUACUCAUAGUAUUAAAA